GGUUUCCUCCUUCCAGUCCUGGCUCUGGCUUAACUUGGAAGUGUUACUACACAGUACAUGCUGUGUGCGGGGUGCCUGAGUCAUCAGGCAAGAGGAGAUAACAGGGGCCUAGAACUCCUGUACUGAGGGGGCAGAUGUAGAGAGGGGCUCUGGUCAGAAAGGUAUUCCCCUACACCAGGGCUCUUGAGCCACUGUCCAUUUCUCCCCUUCUGAAGGCUGGCUCUGAAGCUGUUAGCAAGUUGCAGAGGCCUGGUAUAUGGGGAGACCUUGAGGCUGUAGGGGUGGCUGUUCAGGAAUCAGGAUCUUCCCCCACAGGAAGAAGAACGUCAUGGCUCUAUCCUCUCCCCAUUAGCCUCAACAAGGACAAACAUUUCCGCUCUCUGUGCAGAGCUGGGGUGGAGUUUGGAUGACUUCCUCAGCUCAGGGCUGUGUGCAGGGGGAGGGGAGACCCAUUAGCCCUGCUGGUGGGAGCCGACCUGAUGCAACAGUGGUGACUAGACUUGGCAGUGAACCAGAGUCCAGCCUCCUGACCCCUGCUGACCCAAGUGCUCUGGAGCUUGUCUCCAGCUGGCCACACCUCUGCUGUGCCCUAGUGCCUAGAGUGCCAACCCCCUAACUGUGGUUGCAUUUUAGGGAUGCCAGAGGCCAUGACGCCUCUGUCAGAGCUGACACCUCCUCACCUGACCUCCUUCUGGGAAGGACAGGACUGCCCCCCUCCCAGACAAGCCAGUCUGGGCCCUGAAAGCUCUAUGAGGGUGAGGAAUUUCCCUAUUGAGGGGGGUUUCCCAGGCCUGGCUAACCUGAUCCCGACCCUGUGCGCAUGUGAGGGAAGGAGUAGGAGGGUCAGGGAGUUUGAACUCUGAAUCCAAGGCAGGCAGGGGCCUGGGUGCUAAGACCCUCUACUAACUUCCGUCCCCUCUGAGGGCUGAAGUUUUCCCUGAGCCUGUGGAAGAUGGGUGGGGCCUCUCAAGCUGAGCUCCAGUUUCCGUGGAAACCCACAGGCUUCCCACCCACUGCUGCCUGGGCAGGCUCCCAGCUGGGGCCUCAUGCUCUGCCAGCCUCUCUUCCCCAGUCCAGUCUGCUCCACCCUCAGCCUGUCUUGGCCCCUUCCCUGACUCUCCAUCCCCAAGCCCAGCCUCUGGCCUCUUCUAUUAGGCUCUAAUGCCUUCUUAAGGAACCUGGGCCUCUCCUGCCCCAUCCCUAAACUUCAGCUUCUCAGCAAACAGGCUUCCCAAGCUCCUGUCCCUCCCUCUCAGGCCUUUCUAGCCUCCUUACGAGCUCCCAGGCCUAGCCAGGCCUCCUGCUCCUGCCCACCUAUCACCUCCCACAGACCAACAGACAACAGGUCUCCUAGGCUAUUCUGUCCUCUUGCUCCCCUGCCCCACCCCACCCAUGGAGACCCCAGGACUGCUUGUGCACGGGGAGGCUGCACCCUUUUCCACAGCACUCCGAAGCCUUCUCAACAAUCCCCAAUACAGUGAUGUUUGCUUUGUGGUCGGUCAAGAACGGCAGGAGGUGUUUGCCCACCGGUGCUUGUUGGCCUGUAGAUGCAACUUCUUCCAACGACUUCUGGGUCCGAAGCUGGGCUCCGGCAUGCCUAGCCCCGUGGUGCUAAGCACUGUGCCAGCUGAGGCCUUCCUGGCAGUGCUGGAGUUCCUGUACACCAACAGCGUCAGGCUGCACCGCCACUCUGUGAGCCUGUUGGGCAAGGGUGUGGAUGAGAGAGGGAGGGGGAGGGGCAGGAGACACUCCCUUCCACAUCCCUUCUACUUUGCAGGUGCUGGAGGUGCUGACCGCGGCUAUAGAAUAUGGACUGGAGGAACUGCGAGAGGUAGGUUUAUGUGGCAGGCCCUUGUCUCACUUCUCUUGCUUCUUAUGGGCUCAGAUCACACCCGACCUCACACACACUCUGGCCUGGAGAGGAACGUGUUCCAACACAGAAGCCGCUUUCAUUUCUGUUCCCAGCUGUGCCUGGAGUUUGUGGUGAAGGUGCUGGAUGUGGAACUGGUUUGUGAGGCCUUGCAGGUUGCUGUAACCUUUGGCCUGGGACAGCUGCAGGAGCGUUGCCUAGCCUUCAUAGAGGCCCACAGCCAGGAGGCGCUCCGGACCCGCGGGUUCCUGGAGCUGUCGGCGCCAGCGUUGCUGUCCCUGUUGCGCAGCGACAAGCUCCGCGUGGACGAGGCUGAGCUCGUUCUGGCGGCCAGGAGCUGGGCACGCGUGGGUGCGGCUGUGCUGGAGCGGCCGGUGGCCGAGGUGGCGGCCCCGGUGGUGCGGGAGCUGAGACUGGCUUUGCUGGCCCCGGCGGAGCUGAGUGCCCUGGAAGAGCAGAACCAGCGGGAGCCGCUCAUCCCGGUGGAGCAGAUCGUAGAGGCGUGGAAAUGCCACGCUCUGCGAAGAGGGGAUGUGGCCCGGGGCGCCCCGUGCCGCCGCCGGAGGGGAACCCUGCCCCGGGAGCAUCACUGCUUUCUGGACCUGCCCUUUAAGUGACCAAAGGCCGCGGUUUGCAAGGAAUUCUGGGCCUGUCCCAAGCUACAACUCCCGACGUGCCUAGUGCUCGGAGCCGACUUCCGCCCCCAGCAUGCCCUGCGAGCCGGGCGCUGGAAGGGCGACUGUCGCCCGGCUCUGCGCCCUGUGGGUGGGGCUGUGGGGGUGGGGAGUGGGUGUGGGCUUGGGCGGGGCCCAAAGGCGAUUUCCCUUACACUUUACCCUGACUCUACCCUGGCCCUCUGGCCGCGCAGGCCUGCCGCGUUUACUUUUAUAAUCCCCACGUUUUUCGGCUCAGCUCCUUCUUUAAUUCCAGAGCUACCUCCUAGAGAGCACUCUCUAAAUGCCCCACAGACACCUCAGACUCAAUCCAAAAUUGGGCUGCCUCAUCUUUCUCCAGUUCUGCCCCCAUCGUGUUUCUCAUCUCUGUGAGUGUCUAAGCCAGAAACCUGCAUCUCAGCUUUGCCUUGUUCUUCAUCCUCACAUCUGCCUCCCGUGACUUCUGCCUUCUAAGACACUGAAGGGUAGUAAAAUGUGCCAAUCCAAAAUACGCCUCUUUGAGCUAAGGAUUAUUUUAAGCUGAUUAUUUUGAGAAAAAGUGGAAGCUCUGGAAACAGAAUAGAAGUUACCCUUUUGUAAGGAAAAUUUAUAAUUAAAAAGGGGAUCUCCAUUAGUAAGGGCGUCUCCUCUGUACCAGGAAAAGAAGGAUGAUCAACUCACAAGAUUUUAGUGGAGAAGGCACCCACUGAAAUCUGCUUAACAAGCCUUACCUUAUGUACUGUGUUUUUCCUGGUAGCAUUCUCCUAACUGUCCUCCCUACACUUUUCUUUCAUCCUUAACUGAAGAUGGUCUUUCAGCAGGUAUUUUAGACCACCUCAGGGAGUUACUCAUUUUUCCCUGGGUAUCUCCCAUGUACACAAGAGGUAUACAUAUUAAUAAACUUGUUUUUCUCUUGUUAAUCUGUCUUAUUACAAGGGUCUCAGCCAAGACUUCAUAGAGUAGAAGGAAAAUUAUUUUUUCUCCCCUAUGAGAUCUUUCCAGUUGGUUCAGUUCUCUUCACUUUAGUUCAUUCAGUACCAUGUUAAGAAUUAAUGCAACAGGCUCUUGCUAGUCUUUCUGCCUCCACACCAGCCAUGCCCCUCUUCGUGCCAUUUCCCACACUGCAGCCAGACUUAAGAUUAUCAGCCGUACUACCCUUAUUAAGCCCCCAACAUCCCCAUUGCUCAGACAAAAUACACUCUAUUUCACUUUCAGGACACUCCGAAUUACUAGUGGUUCCAAAUGUUAGCAACUCUUCUCUCAACUACCUUUGCAUAAAGUCACUGGUUCUGAAGGCAGUAGUCCUCUGGCUGCACAGUCAUUCUCUUGGUUACUGAUGACUCCCCAUGCUACAGAUGCAGUUUUGGAGUGAUGGUGGGGUCUGGAGCCGAUGGCCAAGAAAGAAUGGUUGAGUGCAAAAAGGUGAUUUUAAAGCAUGGGGACAGGACCAGUGGGCAGGAAGAGCUGUAUGUGUGUGUGUGGGGGGGUGUUGUGAGGAGUGACUGAUUAUAUACUUAGGGGUUGGGGUAAGUAAAGGCCAGGGGAAGUUUCCAGAAGGACUUUCAUAUGCUAAUCAUAUGCUAAAGAAGACUCAGGGGCACCUGGAUGGCUCAGUUGGUUGAGCUUCCCACCUGCGCUCAGGUCACGAUCUCAUGGUCAGUGAGUUCGAGCCGCGCAUCGGGCUCUGUGCUGACAGCUCAGAGCCUGGAGCCUGCUUUGGAUUCUGUAUCUCCCUUUCUCUCUCACCCUCUCCCGUUCAUGCUCUGUCUCUCUCUGUCUCAAAAAUAAAUAAACAUUAAAAAAAUUAAAAAAAAAGAAGACACACAGGAUCCUGGAGGCCUUGCUCUUGUCAAGCUAAGAUUGUUUUUUUCCCUCUAGCAAAGCAUUAACAUUAAGACAGUAGGGAGUUCUUGGAGGAAUGUUAGAGUUGACCUGCCUCAAGAAUUUGUCAAAGGGCUGCAGGUUAUGAGGAAAUUUAAUUCUAUCUACAUUUCCUUCUGCCUUUGUUUCUCACAUCACUACCUUUUUCAUUCAUUACGCCCUUUGUCUUCCUGAGGAUCUGAAUCUCCCUAGACAAAGAUCCCUGGGAUUGGAGUGGUGCCUUAUUCAUUUCUUGUUUCUCCAGUCUCUGUCACAUAAUCAGUGCUCUGCAAAUGUUCACUGAUGAUGUUAUUUCCUUAUUUAAAUGCUAUUUUAUUCCAUAAAGAGUUUAAAAGAGCUAUAAAACAAGAUACUAUCAAUCUAAAUUGAGGGACAGUUGAUUAGUAGAAAAUAGGGUUAAACUUCUGUCUCAGGGAUUUUAUACAAAAAUAUGUUGCAUAUGAAUUAAAGGAAGUUAUUUGGCAUUACUUCUCAAGACCGAAAAUGUGGUUACUCAUAGUACCACUUCAUAAAAGCAUUGUUUGGAUAAUGAAAAUUGAAAACAAGCUAGAUGUCCUGGUUUAAUCUAGAAGACUGGCUAAACUAUGGUAUAUUACAGUGAUAUAGAAAGGUAUCUGUGACUUUGGAAAAAGCUCAGUGCAGAUCAAGUAGAGCACAAUUCCUUUUGCUAAAAGAAAAGGUAGUGUAAGGGAGGAAAAAGUUCUCCUUGCCCCUCUUAGGGUGCCUGGUUGGGUUUGAAAAUUAAACUUGGGAAUGCAAGCUGGUGCAGCCACUCUGGAAAAGAGUAUGGAGUUUCCUCAAAAAAACUAAAAAUAGAACUGCCCUAGGACCCAGCAAUUGUACUACCAGGCAUUUAUCCACGGGAUACAGGUGUGCUGUUUCGAAGGGACACAGGCACCCCCAUGUUUAUAGCAGCACUAUCAACAAUAAAGUAUGGAAAGAGCCCAAAUGUCCAUCGGCGGAUGAAUGGAUAAAGAAGAUGUGGUAUAUAUCUACAACGGAGUAUUACUCAGCGAUCAAAAAGAAUGAAAUCUUGCCAUUUGCAACUACGUGGAUGGAACUGGAGGGUAUUAUGCUAAGUGAAAUUAGUCAGAGAAAGAUGAAAAUCUUAUGACUUCACUCAUGAAGACUCUCAGAGACAAAACAGAUGAACAUAAGGGAAGGGAAAUGAAAAUAAUAUAAAAACAGGGAGGGGGACAAAACAUAAGAGACUCUUAAAUAUGGAGAACAGAGGGUUACUGGAGGGGUUGUGCAAGGGGGGGAUGGGCUAAAUGGAUAAGGGGCACUAAGGAAUCUACUCCUGAAAUCAGUGUUGCACUAUAUGCUAACUAAUUUGGAUAUAAAUUUUAAAAAAAUUAAAAAGAAAAUUAAACUGACAUAGAUUAACAGGACAAAAGCA